UAACCUUAAAAUUCAUCCAUUCCGUACACUCAAACUGAAACAUCUUCACCAUCUUAUUUCCCAUCGGUAAACCAUCUCUCCAGGCCAAGUGUUACUUCUCUAGUUCUCUACAUAAAUACAAACAUUUAUGUUCAGUUAUGGCGGUGGCAACGUCGAGAAAAUCGGUGCUCGAGAGAGUUGGAGUGCAUGGUUUUGGGGGUAGAAAACAGAGAAGGUAUAGUAAUAGUAGGUAUGGAGUUCAUGAAGAAGAUGGUUGCAUGGAAAUGGUGCAAAUUGGAGCUGAAAGGACCAAGAAUGUGCUGAUUUUGAUGAGCGAUACUGGCGGCGGUCAUCGAGCUUCGGCUGAGGCCAUUCGUGACGCCUUUCAGCUACAAUUUGGUGAUCAGUACAGGAUAAUUGUGAAGGAUGUGUGGAAGGAGUAUACGGGUUGGCCAUUGAACAAGAUGGAAUCGCAGUACAAAUUCAUGGUGAAGCAUGUCCAGCUUUGGAAGGUGGCUUUUCAUGGCACCUCUCCGCGAUGGAUUCAUGGUCUCUACCUUGCUGCUCUUGCUGCCUAUUAUGCAAAGGAGGUUGAGGCAGGGCUAAUGGAGUAUAAGCCUGACAUCAUCAUCAGUGUUCAUCCUCUUAUGCAACAUAUACCGCUGAUCGUUCUUAAAUGGCAGAGGCUACAGGAGAAAGUGAUAUUUGUCACAGUCAUUACAGACCUCAAUACAUGCCACCGCACCUGGUUUCAUCCGAGGGUCAAUCGAUGUUAUUGCCCCUCAAAUGAGGUUGCUAGGAGGGCUGUGCUAGAUGGUCUAAUGGAAUCAAAGACACGUGUGUUUGGCUUGCCAGUGAGGCCGUCGUUUUGCCAAGCAGUUUUCUCUAAACCUGACUUAAGAGUAGAACUUCAAAUGGAUCCAGAGUUGCCAGCAGUUUUACUGAUGGGGGGUGGUGAAGGGAUGGGUCCUGUAGAGGAAACCGCGAAGGCUCUUGGAAAAACUCUGUUCGACGAAGAAGUUGGAAAACCAAUCGGACAAUUGAUUGUUAUAUGUGGUCGGAAUGAGGCUUUAGCUUCUACCCUAGAAUCAUUGGAAUGGAAAAUCCCGAUUAAGAUUAGAGGAUAUGAAAACGAGAUGGAAAAAUGGAUGGAUGCCUGUGACUGCAUUAUUACAAAAGCUGGACCUGGUACAAUUGCAGAGGCACUGAUUCGAGGACUGCCAAUUAUUCUAAACGACUUCAUUCCUGGUCAAGAAAAAGGGAAUGUUCCUUACGUAGUUGACAACGGGGCUGGAGUUUUCACACAAAAUGCUAAUGAAACAGGGAGAAUAGUCGCAGAAUGGUUCAGUACCAAAACAGAUGAACUGCAGAGAAUGUCACAAAAUGCACUUAAACUCGCAAAACCUAACGCUGUGUUUGACAUCGUUAAAGAUAUCAACGACCUAGUGCGCCAGCGUAGACCGGUCUUCAACGAUCCAUACAUGUCUUCUCCUCCUUCAUUUGCAGGCCUAAUAUAAGCAAAUUCCGACUUCAGUAUUUAUCAGGAUUUAUGCUUGUGUUUGCAGAAAUUCUAUGUACAGGUAGGCUUGACAUUGAAGAUUUGAUCAUUCUUUUGGCUACAAAGCCUUGUAUUUGAGGACGUAAAAAACUAAAGAUCUGAUCUGCAAUGUAAUAGUAGUAGUUUGUAAUCUGUGUGCGCCGUGGUGUCGAAUGUGAUGAUUAUUGUGUACAUGAGUUACUGAAAACAAAGAUAA